CAUGCUAAAUUGUUUUCUUUUUCACUCACUUUUGGCGUAGCAUAAUUUUAGUAGGAAAAAAAAAAGUCUGCCAUCCGUUGGCCAAGCCCAUGAGCCACCACUCCGACGAGCUGCGCUCACCCGGCGCCCUCGGAGGGAAGACGGCCCACGCCUGCGACGGCUGCCUCCGUCGCCGAGCCCGGUGGUACUGCGCUGCCGACGACGCCUUCCUCUGCAUGGCCUGCGAUGCCUCCGUCCACUCCGCCAACACCCUCGCCCUCCGCCACCACCGCCUCCGCCUCCAAACCUCCUCCUCCUCUCCUCCUUUAUCCUCUAAUUUCGACGAUGCACUCCCGCCUUGGCUCCACGGCUUCAAGCGCAGGGCCCGCACGCCACGCGUCAAGCCAUCGCCGGCCGGACCCCCGAAGUUAGAGCCACUUGUGCCGGACCUCGAGGCAGAUGAGAAGCUUUAUGCUGAGGAGGAGCACCUUCUCCACCGCGUGCCCAUCUUCGACCCCGUCCUCGCCGAAUUCUUCUCCCCACCGGCAAUCAAUGACGCCGACACUCUCACCGACGAGGCAAAGCCGGUGGCGCAGCUACCAGAGCAUGCACACGUUCCUGCACCGGCUGCUGCUGCUGGCAGUCUCGCUGGGUUUCAGCCAUCCGACCUGGACCUCGACGAGUUUGCAGCCAACGUCGAGACGCUCCUCGGUCGAGGGCUCGAUGACGGCACGUUCUGCAUAGACGCGUUGGGCCUCAUAGAUUCAGCAAAGGAUGACGACAAAGGCCGAGUGAAGGUGGAGCUAGACAUCGAUGCGGGUGGCGGGAGCGACGUCGUGGCCUGCAACACAGAUAUGGAGAUCGAUCUUUCUACGGAGACGCUCGACAUCGACUUCGGCCGCCGGUUGCGAGGGGAGGAACAUGAAGAGCAGAAAGUUGCAGAAGAGGCAGCCAUGGCAUCAGGAGGUGGUGGCGGAGUGGAGAGAGCAGCGGCAGGGAGGGGGAUGAUGCUGAGGCUGGACUAUGAGGCGGUCAUCGCCGCCUGGUCUUGUAACGGCUGCUCGCCAUGGACCGACGGGGAGCGGCCUCAAUUCAACCUGGACGACUUCAUGAUGAUGAUGUGGAGCGGCGGCAGUGUUCGAGAAGGGGGUGGUUGGAAGGUGGCGCCGGUGUACGGAGAGGUGGGGAUGGCGGCGGGAAACGGAGGGAGGGAGGCGAGGGUGACGAGGUACCGGGAGAAGCGGAGGACGAGGCUGUUCUCGAAGAAGAUCCGGUACGAGGUGCGGAAGCUCAAUGCGGAGAAGCGGCCACGGAUGAAGGGCCGCUUCGUGAAGCGCGCGGCGUUCCCGGCCGCGAGGCCUGCGGCAGCUCCCUUCACUUUUGACAACGACUCUGGGGAGCAAAACGCUUGCAAAGGAGUGGCAAUGCAGUACUCGUAGCAGUGCCUCGCUAUUCCCACAGUAAAACUCUGGAAAUAUCGUCCUUUUUAUUUUUUUUAUUUCGAUACAAGCAGGUGCUCACAUCAAUUUAAUACGAAAAUAUUCUCAAGAGAUCAAAAAAUAAAACAUCUAAUAAAAUUUAUGAAUAAUUCUGAUCCUGAAGUCAAAUCCGAUCAUCAAUGUACUCGAUCACAUACGAGAUGAUUCAAUCAGCGAUGUAAUUUGCCUCUCAAAAAAUAAGCUGAGCAGACACUGCUUUCAUUCAGUACGCUUUUUAUUCACUUUCUUUUCAAAUUUACUGUUUUUAUAAUUUUUAAUUCUGUAAAAUAUGUGGGCCUAUUUAUAUAUGCGUCUAAACCUUGGUCAGAUGCGGCUGACCAUGUCUAGCUUUUUGCU